GCUCAUCAUCUCCAUUGCCACCCCAUCAUCAUCAUCUCUAACUACAUAACACCAUUCUUCUCUUCUUUUCUAUUUUCCAUAUAUCUCAAACACAUAAAAAAAUAAAUAAAAAAAAACUCUGUCAUGUUUUUAAAUUUCAACAAUGACAGAUUCAACUACUCUUUUUUUGUAUUAUCCUAUUUCUAUUAUUCUUUCUUUUUCUCUUUCUUUUAUUUUUCCUUCUCUUAUUAACUUGUUCAAGAAAAAUCUUCACUCUGUUUCUGGUUUGGCGAUCGUAACCGCCGAUAACAGAAUUGAUCCGGUUCCGAUGUCGAAUUCGAAGCCGGAUAUUACGGAAAUUACUAUUCCGCCGCGGAUCGGAUUUGUCUCCGGAGAUUGUACUGAAAGUCUUGGAUUCGAGAGUUGUGAUGAGAGGAGAAUUAAUGAUGAUGAUGGAAUGAAUGUGAAUUGUGAUGAGAAUGAGAAUGAUGAGAUUUGGAGGAGGAAGAUGAUGAUGAAGAAAGCUGAAAGUAGAGGAAAUUGGAUGAGAUCGUUUCCACCGCCGUUAACGUCAUUGAAUCGGAAUGGUAAACCUAGUUUUUAUCUUCGGCCGGUGAGGAAAGAUGGAAGGUUGGAAUUAACGGAAGUUAGAAUUCAUCGACCGGAUAUUCUUCAUGCUUCUCGACAUGAUGGACGGUUGACAUUGCAUCUGAUACCAGAUCCAGAUCAAGAAGAAGAAGAUGAUGAAGAAGAUGAACAACAAGAGGAACUUGAGGAAGAAGAAGAAGAAGAAGAAGAAGAAAAUAGAGGAAUUCGAAUGGUAGUUGGAAACAGUAACGAAGGGUUAAAGAGGUGUCACGAAAUGGUGAAUCGUGUUCAUGGAAAUCAUCACCUUCAAAUGUGUGGAAUAAGCAUUGUGUGAGAAUUUAUGAAGUACACGUGGCGUUCGUGUUUGCAAUUUUCUAUUUCUUCUACAUUUUCAUUCAUUCACACAAUCACAAGCUUAAAAAUGAAAGUGACAAGGUAGGAUUAACAUGUGAAUAAAUUAAACUCUAGUCUUUCUUAAAUAUAAAAGAAAGUUUCGUCGUCAAUAAAAAUCAAUGUAUCUGGUUAAAUUUAAAUUGGAUAUAUUAAUAUAUCAGAUACAUGAAUUUUUGUCGACUUAACUUAAUCUUAUAUUUAAGAUCGGAAUGAGUAUUAUUCGGCUACUAGCUAACCCAUUGGAGGAGGAGAUGAAAAAGGUUUGAUGCUAGCUAGCUGUAUGAGCUUGUGUUGUGUGUUGUGUGUUGUGCAUGCCCAACCAACCACAAAAGAAAUAAAAGAUGCGGUGUUGUUUGCUUGUUUGGAAAAGGACAGGAACAGAAAGUGGAGGCAAAAAGGAAAUGCAACAAAAGAGGAGAGGGACAGAGAUAGUAGAGGUGGUGAGGUUAUAUGAACAAGCUAUAAUUUGAGUGUUUUCUACUACUCUGUUUAUUAAUUACCAAAUUUUGAUCAAGUAUUGUUAUAUUAGAGAGGAAACAAAAUUAAUUGAACAUAUUAGGCUAUGUUUCCUUUUGUUAAUUUACUUUAGCAUCUAAAUUGGUGAACCUCUUUUAGGUUGAUUAAGUGAUUCUUACCAUGCCAUCUCAUUUUUUAACAACUCAUUCAUUUUUUUAACUCUCAAAAACUUAAAAUGGGAAUCACAAUUUAUCUCACAUUUAUAGUAUUUUCUUCCACCCAUCAAAAAAUUCUCUUUUAACACUUGUUCAAAUCAUAAGGUCCAUUGUAAAUGUCAAUAUUGUUAGGCAUAUUGUUAGAUGGAACAUUUUUAAUGUGUUUUUGAAUCUAUGUUAUGACAAAAAGAAAGAACUU